AUGAAGGUUGUUGCGGCGUACCUUCUUGCCAAACUCAGCGGCAAUGAGAAGCUAUCCGUCGCUGAUCUGAAGAAGAUCUUGGAAUCUGUUGGUGCAGAGAUCGACCAAGAGAAGAUAGAUCUGUUCUUCUCUCUGAUCAAAGAUCACGAUGUGACUGAGUUAAUCGCGGUUGGACGUGAGAAGAUGGCGGCUCUAUCUUCCGGUGGUCCUGCUGUUGCGGUUGCUGCCGGAGUAGGUGGUGGAGCUGCUCCCGCGGCUGCGCCUGCGGCGGCUGAAACUAAGAAGAAGGAAGAGGAGAAGGAGGAAUCAGAAGACGACGGUGGAAUGAUGAGCCUCUUCGAUUGA